GAAGGGUAACCCUGUUUAUGCAUCGACGGAACUUUCACGCUAAUACGGGUUUUAUAUAAACACGAAAACGCGAGAAUAAGAGUGUGUUUCAACCAAACGCGGUGUUGGCUCCGAAUCGAUUUCGCAUUCUCUUUGCCCUAAUCGCCAACCGCAGAUCCAUCUUCGCCAUUGCUACUCUAUUCGAAGCAGCAGCAGCAGCAGCAACAAACUAGCUUCCACUGUAUUUGAGAACUUGCAAGGAUGUUCGGUUCAACAAACCCUUUUGGGCAGCAGUCGUCGAGCCCGUUUGGCUCCUCCCAGUCGGUUUUCGGGCAGAACAAUUCAAGUAGCAAUCCUUUUGCCCCGAAGCCGUUUGGUAGUAAUACUACUCCAUUUGGUGCACAAACAGGUACUUCCAUGUUUGGAGGUACUUCCACUGGUGUAUUUGGUGCAGCUCAACAAUCUUCUCCCUUCUCUUCCACUACGGCUUUCGGGGCUUCAUCUUCACCAGCUUUCGGUAGUUCAGCGCCUGCUUUUGGGUCAACUUCAACUCCGACAUUCGGUAAUUCAUCAUCAUCAUCGUUUGGAGGAUCAUCCGUAUUCGGUCAGAAGCCUGCUUUUGGAGGUUUUGGCUCUACUCCUACUCAAACAAGUCCAUUUGGAGGUGCCGCUCAACCAUCACAACCAGCAUUUGGAAGCAGCAUAUUUGGUUCGUCAACACCUUUUGGCGCAUCAUCUCAGCCAGCAUUUGGUUCAACUGGCACACCUGCAUUUGGUGCUACGAGCGCCCCAGCAUUUGGUGCUAUGAAUACUCCAGCAUUUGGUGCAACGAGCACCCCCGCUUUUGGUGCAACUAGCACCCCUGCAUUUGGUUCAACCUCAAGCCCAACCUUUGGUAACACAGGGAGUGCAUUUGGCGUGUCAAGUGCUCCUGCGUUUGGAGGUGGGGGAGCAUUUGGUGCUUCAAGUAGCCCUAUGUUUGGUUCAACAAGUACGCCUGCAUUUGGGGCCUCUAGUACUCCUGCUUUUGGUGCUUCUAGUACCCCUGCUUUUGGUGCUUCUAGUACCCCUGCUUUUGGGGCUUCUAGUACCCCUGCUUUUAGUUUUAGCUCCAACCAAGCUUUUGGUCAAUCUAGUUCUGCCUUUGGCAGUAGCAGUCCAUUUGGUAGUACAACCUCACCCUUUGGAGGCCAGAGUUCUGCAUUUGGAUCCCAGACUCCAACUCCGGCUUUUGGAAGUACUGGUUUUGGGCAGUCUGGAUUUGGAGGUCAACGGGGAGGAAGUAGAGUAGCUAGUUACUCAGCAACCACUGAAGCAGAUAGUGGUACCUCUGGACAAACCGCAAAAUUGGAGUCCAUAUCUGCCAUGCCUGUUUACAAAGAUAAAAGCCACGAGGAGCUAAGAUGGGAGGACUAUCAGUUGGGAGAUAAAGGUGGACCACAGCCCUCUGCUCAGCCAACUGGUUUGGGAAACUUUAGUUCGUCUACAACACAAACAAACGCCUUUUCUCCUUCACCAUCAUUUGGUCAAUCAUCAGCCAAUCCUUUCUCUAGCACAACACCUAAUUCUAAUCCAUUUGCACAGAAGACUUCAACUUUUACUACUUCUGCAUUUGGUGGAACUUCAUCUGCUCCUUCCUUCAGUUCAUCAGCUUUUGGUUCUUCCACAUCAGCAGCAGCACCUUCAAUUUUUGGCGCAGCUACACCUUCAUUUGGAGCUAACUCUUCACCAUCACCGACCUUUGGUCAAUCUCCAUCCCUGUUUAAUACUGCUCCUGCUCAGCCUACAUCUUCACCAUUUGGCUCAAGCAUUUUUGGCAAUACCCAGCCAUCCCAAUUAUUUAGCUCUGCAGCCCCUACGCAGCCAACUAAUGCUUUUGGACAGAAUACCGCCUCCCCCUUUGGGCAGACUGCAUCUUUUGGUCAAUCAAGCUUGUUUAAUUCUCCAUCGUCAGGGCUUGGUGGAAGCAUUUUCUCAACCAGCGGGCCACUCACUUCUACAGGUUUUGGUCAAACAGCGCAACCUAUUUCAACACCUUUCCAACCUACACAAGCUGCUCAGACGACUGGUACUUUUCCCUUUAGCAACUUUGGCCAGACACAACCUGUAGCUGGUGGAAGUGGCUUCGGUGGCACUCCAGGAAUGUUUGGUCAGAAUAAUUUUGGACUUCAGUCUUCUACCCAGAGCACCAUGGUUGCACAAGCAGCACCUGUUACAAAUCCAUUUGGAACACUUCCUGCUUUGCCUCAGAUGUCAAUUGGUCGAGCUGGAACUACUCCUUCAAUUCAAUAUGGAAUCUCUAGCAUGCCUGCCCAGGACAAACCUGCUACUGUUAGAAUAUCAUCUUUAUUGACUUCUCGACACCUUUCACAAAGACGAGUCAAGUUUCCGCUCAGAAAAUAUAAGAAUGAUGGACCAAAGGUUCCAUUCUUCAGUGAUGAUGAGGAUACUCCAACCACACCCAAGGCUGAUGCUCUUUUUAUUCCUAGGGAAAAUCCAAGGGCUUUGAUCAUUUGUCCUGUGGAGCAGUGGCCUGGCAGGGCUUCUGAGAAGACAUCUUUCAAGGAUAGAAACAUCUCAGUGAAUGAAAAUGGAAUGAUCUCUAAAGAAGCAGGUUCCACACCUCCCGACAGGACAAACUCUGAGAAUAAAGAGAAGACUGCAGCUGAAAAUGGUUUUGUCAAGGUGCCAGUUCAGCCCACAACUACAAAGCAGGCAUCCAAUGGGAGCAAUGAAGACCAUUCUCCAGCAGAUAUGUACAAGACACUCAGCGGGCACAGAGCUGGUGAGGCUGCCAUUGUUUAUGAACACGGAGCUGAUGUUGAGGCCCUAAUGCCAAAGCUGUGGCGAUCUGAUUACUACACACUACCUCGGAUAAACGAACUGGCGGCCAAGGAAAGAGCUGAGCCAGGAUUUUGCAGUCAUGUCAAGGACUUUGUGGUAGGAAGGCAUGGCUAUGGCAGCAUCAAAUUUCUGGGCGAGACAGAUGUACGAGGGCUUGAUCUUGAGUCCAUUAUACAGUUCAACAACCGCGAGGUGAUUGUGUACAUGGAUGAUGCAAAGAAACCUCCUGUUGGACAAGGACUGAAUAAGCCUGCUGAGGUAACCCUCCUCAACAUAAAAUGUUUCGACAAAAAAACUGGACAACAGUAUACUGAAGGGCCAAAGAUCGAGAAAUACAAGGAGAUGCUGAAGAGAAAGGCUGAUGACCAAGGUGCUCAAUUUGUGUCAUAUGAUGCCUCCAAAGGAGAGUGGAAGAUCAGAGUCACCCACUUCAGUGUUUACAAGCUGGUAGAAGAAGACAGUUGGAUGGAAGAUGACGCAUGAGGGUUUGCCUGUCCCAUAUGACAUGGGAGAGGACAAACGUACAUUUAAUAGUUUCAUAACUAAACUGUAUUUUGUUCUUUCCUGUAAAUUUUUACUUGUGUGGAUAAAGCUUUGGCCAACUUGUUGAUAUGUGCUUUCUAUUUUGCUUUGGGAUUUUUUUUAUAGAUUUUUCAGCUGGGGAAUGUUCAAAUGAUUUUUUUUGCUUCUUAGUACCAUUUUUCUACUUGAAUACUAUUGAAGUUUGAUUCCUACAAGUGUGAUGGUUA